UUCUGUGGUAACAUUAAAUAGGUGUGAAUAGGUGGUUUCCGAUCUGGCGCUUACAGGAUGCAUGUAACUUCACGUGAUUUUUCUAGCCGUCCAGAAAAAAGCCAAACUGGAGGUGUUCUCAUUGUUAAAACACUCAGUCGUUAUACCAUAUUGUUUUUCUAAGUGCAAAAGAUAUGCGAACGCUCAUUCUGAAGUCUGAUACUGUAAGCUUGUACUGUGGAUAGACCGAACAGGCAUAUUGAUACAGCUGCGGACGCCAUACACGAAGGUCUACAGACGGAUUUAGCCUAUCUAAAAUCUUGAUUGGGAAUUUCAAAAGUGAAAUAUCUACGGUAGGAAUGUUACCUUCGUUGAAACGUGGAGUUCUCGUUUGGACGUGAGUCUCGAGGUAACGAGACCAGAGAAAAUUGGUGGCUAGCUCUUUUGUCAGGCUGUACGCCGUAAGUGUGUUUGCCGAUGGCUUGUGCCCGGUGUCGAAAGGACGAUGGAUGUAUGAACAAAUGCAUUAUUGUGGCCCUGGUGGUGAUAUGUCUGGGGGUAGCGGCCGUGGGGUGGGUCCUACACUUCAUCCUGUCCCCCGGGGACUCCGCCUCUGUCCGGGACACGGCCGUGGUGGAUUGCUUACCGAGGGGAAACGCUAGUAAAGAAGCGUGUACCACAAGAGGAUGUGUCUGGCGGAAUAUGGACGAGAAGGGGGCUCCGAAGUGUCAAUUCCCGGCGGGUUAUGGCUACAAGCUGGUGGGUGACCCCAUAGAGACAGACCUGGGGGUAGACUACGUCCUCUCCCGAACAGACUCGAAGCCAUUAUACGAGAAUGUUAUUCAGACGGUUUUACUUCAGGUUGAGUUCCUCAGCGAAAGCAUCCUCAGACUGAAGUUCAAGGAUAACAACACGGAGAGAUUUGAGAUUCCAGAAACGGCUCUACCCAUCGACCAGCCAGAUGCCGCCGUCCCGGAUGCUGACCGAAAGUACAACAUCUCAAUCACAAUGGAGCCUCAGUUUGGGGUUGUCAUUAUCCGUAGAGAUACAGGUGUUGUUGUUUUCAACACCAGUCUUCCUGGAAUGGUAAUGGCCGACCAGUUUCUCCAGAUGACUACACGGCUGCCCACGGAGUACGUAUACGGCUUCGGAGAGCAUAACCACAGGAGGUUACUUCACGAUAUGAACUGGAAGACCUGGAGUAUCUUCACGCGAGAUGUGGCUCCAGUGGAUGCCUGGAAUUUAUAUGGAGCCCAGCCGUUUUACAUGAACCUAGAAAAGGACGGCAAAGCCAGUGGGGUGUUUCUGAGGAAUAGCAAUGCGAUGGACUUGCUUCUCCAGCCAGAGCCCCAUCCCGCGAUCACCUACAGGGUUAUCGGAGGAGUUCUCGAUUUCUUUGUCUUCUUAGGCGAUUCUCCAGAAAACGUGGUGCAGCUUUACACACAUACAGUUGGUCGGCCACUCAUGCCUCCAUAUUGGUCCCUGGGGUUCCAGCUGAGCCGAUGGCAUUAUGGAAACUUGUCGGUCGUUAAGGAAGUUGUGGACAGGAACAGAAAAGCAGGAAUUCCUCAGGACGUUCAGUUCGGAGACAUUGAUUACAUGUUUAAGAAGAUUGAUUUCACUGUGGAUAAAGAUACCUAUGCUGAUCUCCCAGAGUUUGUUGACGACCUCCAUAGCAUGGGACAGAAGUAUAUCGUUAUUUUGGACCACGCUCUUGGAGCCAAUGAGACGAUCCUUAUGGAAGCUAAGAACAACAGUCCCGGCUUCGAUGCCUACCAGGACGGAUUGAAUAAGGGUAUAUAUGUGAAGCAUUGGAAUAACUCCAAUCCCAUAUACGCUGAGGUGUGGCCGGGCUUGUCGGUGUAUCCAGACUUCACGAACGACGCCUCUCAGGGUUGGUGGUCCAAAUGGUGUGGAUUUCUGUACGAGAACGAGAGCAUAGCAUACGAUGGACUGUGGAUUGACAUGAAUGAACCGUCUAGUUUUGUACCGGGAUCUAUAGACGGUUGUAGAGAGAACAAAUGGAACUAUCCACCUUAUGUUCCAAAGGUUUUGGGGGCGCAGGAAGACGGGAAGCUGUUCGACAAGACGAUUUGCAUGGACUCGAUACAGGCAAUAGGAAAGCAUUAUGACGCCCACAGUCUGUAUGGCCACUACAUGGCCAUGCGCACGUACAGGACACUAGAGGAGAGGUUCCCGGACAAACGUCCCUUUGCGAUGACGCGGUCGAACUUUGCUGGGACUCAGAAAUACGCCAUUCAUUGGUUAGGAGAUAAUCAGAGCCGCUGGGAACAAAUCCCAUGGUCAAUCAUAGCAAUGUUGGAAUACAGCAUCUUCGGGUUCUCUAUGACUGGCGCUGACGUCUGUGGAUUCUGGUACGCCACGGAUGAGGAGAUGUGCACGAGAUGGUCUCAGCUCGGAGCCUUCUACCCUUACAGCAGGAACCACAAUGCCAAGGGCUUCCCGGACCAGGAUCCGGCUGCAUUCAGUGACGUCAUGGUCAGCUCCACGCGCAGCAUCUUGAUGACGCGCUACAAGUUCCUCCCCUUCCUCUACACACUGAUGCAUCACGCUCACGUCAAAGGGUCCACUGUAGCCAGACCUCUCUUCUUUGAGUUCCCGACGGACAUGACUACGUACGCAGUGGACAGACAAUUCAUGUGGGGAUCCGCACUCAUGAUCUCGCCCGCCAUGAACAGAGGACAAACAAAAGUGGAUGCGUAUUUUCCAAAGGCCAGGUGGUAUAACUAUUUCACCGGCGAGGAAGUGCAGGGCACGGGCAAGCACCACAUUCUAGACACCCCAUUGGACAAAAUUAACGUACAUAUGAAAGGUGGAACUAUCAUUCCCUGGCAGGAGCCUGAGAACACAACCGUCUACAGCCGAGAACGGCCUAUGGGACUUCUGGUGGCACUCGACGAGUCCCAGAAAGCAUCUGGGGAUCUCUUUUGGGACGAUGGAGAAUCAAAGGAUACCUACGAAAUGGGCAAAUAUCUUUACUUGAAAUUCAGCGUCAGUGGGAUGGAGCUGCGAACUCAGGUGGUCAACAACAACUACACGAUUGCUAAUGAGCUGUACUUCAAAACUAUUGACCUCUUUGGUUUGAGUCAGAGACCAAAUCGGGUAUUAGUUGACAGGGUUCGGUUGUCAUCCCAACACAUUACAAACUACAAUGGUCAUAGCAAGGGCUUCCAAAUCACAAACCAAAUGCUGAACAUCACACAGCCUCAUACAAUAUCCUGGCAACUGUUUUAAGCGAGUGUGCAUCAGUUUAAAUUCGACACAAACGUUACCUUAAAGGCUGGGAUUUCUUGGGUAAUUGCAUGAAGGGUCUGUCUUAGACAACCCGGACGAUGACGUAAUCGGGAAACAAGGGGAUCAGCGAAAUUUACUGUCUGGAGAAAACCGUGUUCGUCAUUGAUUUACGAUAGCACUAGUAUUUCGCAGUUAAGACUGAACUAUUGUAGUGUUAUUACACUGUGAAUAUCCAGUCGUGCUUUUGUUGACUAUUUACAACUAUAUUGUUUCGUAGAAGUUAGUCUUACACGUAUCCUCAAAAUAAAGAUGUGCGAGUUCAAUCCCGGCCUCGGGCCAGGAAUUUGUAUGUUCUUCUGAUCUCACUGAUUGUGGGUCUUUGGCGAGAAUUGGUGAUCGACGACAAGCGUGUCUCAUGCCAUUUACAUUUCCUGUAACGCCCCCAGCCAAAUUCUUGCGCGUGGUGUUAAUCAGCACUCAAGAAAUAUAUAUAUAUAGGUAUAAAAGUAAGAUUUUUCUGACGUGGAGAAAUGAUAGAAUAAAAAACAAUUAAGCUUUCUCAACUUUCUACGUCUUUGUGUUCCGACUCCAGUAUGAAUGAAUAACCAAGUAAAUAGAUAAAUAAAUAAAACUCAUACUUGAUUGUCUUUAUGUACAAAUACAUGAUCCCUUUAACUGUUUAAACUAUCAGCAGAUUGAAUAUCUUGUCAUAAUUAUGAAUUGAGCAGGGUGGAUCACAUUGUACUGUUUACCAAUCGUCAGAAGUUUUAUCGAAGGCACACAGUGUUGUCAAUCAUAACUAGGACAUGAAUUGCCAAAGAUGUUUCGACGUGUUAUUUGCUCAUUAAAAUUUUGGUUUCACAUAAAUCGAAUUAGACCAGUAUUCUAGUGCAUAAAUAAUAUAUUGUAUAAGUAAAUAUUUAGUGCUGAUCAAAAUGUUCACACUGUUUUCUUUUGCAAGUCUCAAAUUGUAACUAAUACAAACCUUCAUUUAAACGGGUACAUGUUGUAGAGUGCUGAUCAGGGAGCAUAUAAAACCCUGGUAGUAUUUGUAUACUAGUUGCCAUUUUGUUUUGUUCAUUGCCUUUUUCGAGUUAUACGUAAUGAUGUGUUUAACACUUUUCUGAUAUUCAGCCAACAGGAUUGCUGUUAUAGUUUUGCACGAUAUUGCGCAAAUACAUCCAGCACACAUGCGCAGUCUCAUGUAACAGCACUAAGACAUGUUUACAAACAGAUUCCUGCCGUGGUUGUUGUGAAAGUCCACGCUGGAGGUUGUAAAAAAUGACAUCAUCAAGUCGUGCAAUCACACGAAACCGAAAUGGGACGGCGUAUAAAAUCACGACAGAAUAUACCUUACACUCCCCGGAUGUUGAUUAUAGAACGUCCCGAGCAUUCGGGUAAAAAUAUGCUUGAUAUCGUAUUUGUCGUGAACCAAAUUAUCCAACUGCUCGUCAAAUACACUAACAUCCCAGGUCGUGUGCUCGAGUCUCACCCGAACAUGUAUAGUUUUGCCAGAUUUAUCAGCGUAGGAAAUGGGACUUACGACGCUUACGACUUUGCGGCUGGCGACACCGAUGUUUCCGCAGAAUCGCUGCGACCCAUGUUUAUUCUAUGUAUUCCCUGUCGGUGUUUUCAAAUCACCACUAACAGAGGAUAUCAUCUUAACCAGUUUAAUCAAUUAGUCGAGUGUUGUUAAUUAAUCAUCUUAUAUUUUUGGAAUAAAAUAACAAAAGAAUGUA